GCAGAAAUCCAGUGAGUCUAGCUGCAACAGGAGCUCAGUCCCUGGCUUUGUUGACAUUUGUCUUAGUUAUUUUUCCUCAUUCUUUCUCUCUCGUUUUUGGUCUCUCUCUGUCUCCUGUGGUCAUGUUUGGUUUUAGGUGCUUUGUUUAAUCCCACCCUCCUGGCCUGAGAGAGAGGAGGAGGAGGGAAACUGCAGGGGAGAAGUAAGCAACAAGAUAAAAUGGAUAGCAGAGGCAAGAAGCAUGGAGGGUAGAAUAGUGUGCUGCUAGGGAAUAUUGGAAAGGAAAGCGGAGACACCCAGGAUUUACAUAAAGCCAGCGGCUCAGGUUUUCAGGAUUACUAGCUCUUUCCUUCUCUACAUGCUGGGCAAGAAUCCAGAUGGGAAAACGGAUAAUUCUUUCUUCCUGUAUUUUCCAGCCCAGCUUCUGUGCAAUUUUUCCAUUAUGGCUUUUGCUGCUAUGGACAACAUCCCUGCGAGGAGCUUUCUGCCUGUUGGCAUCUAGUAACAUCUGCGGCGCCGUUGCCUUGGGAGAGACGGGGAAGAAUCAGCUCAGCUGACACUCCCUCCUCUUUGACCGUCAUCACCAAGGUAACUGCCAUUAAUCUCAAGCGAUCAGCGCUUUAAGGGUCACAUCAUGCUACCUGGCAACGCUCCAGAAGGAAAGGACGCACUGGGAAAAACAAGGGCUGACAUGUCUACUCUACAAAAUUAAGUCAACUUAAGGUUGGCUGCAUUGGUUGGGCCUCACUUAUGUUGCACCACUGAUGGCUUGCGAUUCUAAACAGAAGCAGAGGAGUGAACGAAUUGAGGCAUGAGCACAGGGGGACCACGCCCUGUAUCCGGCAGCCAUGCUCCUCAGAGGACUGCGGCUCCAUGGGAAGUGGUGCCGUUUUUCCAGUCCCAUUACUCAGUUCCUUACCUUAACUGUGGUGACGUUUGGCGUGUUGGCUCCCUUGAUUUGCCACCGGCUCCUCCAUUCCUAUUUUUACUUACGCCGCUGGCAUCUGAACUCCAUGAGCGAGGAGUUUCUGAAGCAGAAUCAGGAGGAUGGCCAGACUGCCCUCCGUUACUUUGAGGACCUGCGGACUCCUAACUCCUCGGAGAUCUCAGGUGACAAGGCCCUCAGACCAUGGCUGCUCAUCACCAUUGUCACCGUGCAGAGGCGGAAUGAGUUCCACUACGUCCUGCAGGUAGCUUCCCGCUUCCACCGCCUCCUCCAGCAGUGUGGCCCUCGCUGCCAGAACUACCAGGUCUUUAUCUGUAAUGUAGAGCAGGACCCGGGCAACCACCAGGACGCCAGGCUGUUGGGUAACUUCUUUGCAAUGGUCAGCCGCUACAAAAACUGGGAGGACCCCGAUGCCGCAGUGAACCAGUUUGAGAAAGAGAAGCGGGACUAUGCAUUCUGCAUGGAGCAGUCGCUGUUGGCCUACAAUCCAGAGUACAUCCUUCUGGUGGAAGACGAUGCUGUUCCUGAAGAGGAGAUAUUUCCCGUCCUGCAGCACCUGCUGUUGGAACGGCUCUCAAAGCCACACCUCAAAGAUGCCCUCUACCUGAAGUUGUACCAUCCCGAGCGACUUCAGCACUAUAUUAACCCAGAGCCUAUGAGGAUCCUGGAGUGGCUCGGCCUGGGCAUGUUUCUGGGCCCCCUGCUGAGCUUUGUGUACUCCUGGGUGUCUGGCCGCCCAAGCCUUACCUGGCCCAUUGUCCUGUUCUUUGCCUUGUACAGCAUGGCACUAGCAGAGCUGGUGGGUCGCCACUACCUGCUGGAGCUGCGCCGGCUGACCCCUGUGCUCUACAACGUGGUGCCAGUCACCGAGUGCUGCAUGCCCGCCAUGGUGUUCUCCGCCUCUUCCGCCCGCCGUGCCUUAGGUUACCUUCAGGAGGUGCACUGCCAUCCAGGCUUUGCCAAGGACACUGCACUCUACUCCCUGUUGCGCAUCAAAGAUGAGAGGGCCUACGUGGUGGAGCCCAAUCUGGUCAGGCACGUGGGGAUGUUUUCCAGCCUCAGGCCAAAUAACAUCCCUAAACUACUGUGACCCACCAAGAAAUGCCUUUAUGGAAAAACUGGGAGCCAAAGGAGCCUUGUCCUUGGACAGACAUAUCAGGUGUGACUCCAGAGGUCAUGCCAGUUGCAACUGUGCUCAGAACUACCAGUGCCACCUAGUGGAGGGAAAGGAAAUUAAAAAAAAAAGUUUACUGAAACCUAUAGCUACAUUUAUUUUAUAAUGAAGAAGUGAAAGGAGGGUGGAGGUUUUCAGGGAAGGGGAAGGUUUGCUACUAUCCUUAGUCAUUUUUGGGGGGAGAUCCCAAUACAUACACACACACACACAUGCCAUUUGCACGUGAAUGUGCCUCCUACAGCACUGUCCAACAAACCAGUCUCUGAUAUCACAGACCCAAGACAGUUUGGCUAUAUCAGUGGAUGUUUGAGAUCUCCUUUGUAUUUUUAGCCCCAUGCGCCCCCCCACCCGCACUUGUCCUUCCUUACCUACAAUGGCCCUGUCUCAAUUCCCUCCACAUUAGUCAAUGCCACUCCUGUGGUCACAAUCUCUCAGUCUCAAGAUACUGGAAAUGCUAGCCAGGGUGAGUGCAUCGGGCACAAGGUGACCUAGGAGGAAAUAUGGAGCUGGAGAAUAGCCCUUGUUUCCCCGAAAUGUCUCUAUAUAUUAUCCCGAUGAUCUGUUCAUCUCCUCAAAUAAAAACAUGAAGAGACCUUUACAAGAGGCAUGAUGCAUAUAGUGAGUCCCUUACCCCACA